AGAAAGGGAAUCAAGCUUGGAUCUGAUUCAUCAUUUGAUCGCGCCGCAUAACUAAUCGCUUUUUGGAUGAACGUUACGUUGCGGAUCUUUAUAAAACCAGGCCUUUCCCCUGCUCAAGUUCAAGAGAGAGUGAGAGACCAGUGCACCCCGCGCACACAAUCGAAUGGGUCGUAAUUUGAAGAAUGCCGUGAUUGCAUUUCUGGCUCCUCUGCCCUCCAUACUCUUCUACCUCUCCUUCCUCAACCACUACAGCAAUGGUGAUGUUAUUGCUGUCUCCCCUUUGUGGAAAUGGUGCUUUGAUCAUCCUCUACUCCUAGUCAACGCACUCUUCUUCCUCAAUGUCAAUGUCCUUUUCUGGAUCAUCAGUCACUUCCAAUCAAGCCACUGGAUGAUAGAUUUGUACUGGACUGUGAUACCGGUGCUGCUACUUUACUACUAUGCUUCACACCCAUUUGCGCAGUAUGAUUUGUGGAGGUCAAGAAUUGUGACGGUGUUGACUUGGGUGUGGAGUAUCAGGCUCACCCAUAACUACUUUAGGCGUGAGGAGUGGCAGUGGGGUGCCAGAGAGGACUGGAGAUUCACUGAUAUGCGCCCCCAGUACGGCAAGCACUGGUGGUGGGCCUCCUUCUUUGCCGUAUAUGCCUCUCAGCAGGUGUUUCUCAUUGGAAUAUGCCUCCCUAUGUAUAUUGUGCACUCUGUUGAUAAGCCAUUGGAUAUCUGGGAUUUUGCUGCCAUUGCUGUUUGUGUUAGUGGCAUUGUUAUAGCAUACUAUGCUGAUACUCAACUUCACGAAUUCAUGACUAAAAACGAGAAGCUCAAAGAACUAGGACUGCCCGUGGUGCUCAAUCUUGACAGGGGUUUGUGGUGUUACUCUCGGCAUCCAAACUACUUUGGGGAGCAAUUGUGGUGGUGGGGUUUGGCGAUAUUUGCGUGGAACCUGGGGCAUGGUUGGGCCUUUAUUGGUGCCCUUAUAAAUAGUUCGUGUUUAGCAUAUGUGACUUUGCUUGUGGAACAACGGAUGCUGAAGCUAGAGUCCAGAGCUGAAGCAUAUAGACUGUACCAGAAGACAACGUCAGUUUGGGUACCAUGGUUCAAGUCGUCUGCCAUAGCAGCAAGAGUUAAGGAAGCUUGAUCCGGUAUUUGUCUUACUACUAGAUUGUUACUGUUAUUGUUGGUUGUUAUCUUGUAUGCGUUAUUAGUGUCACUGUCCUGUAGUUCCAGCAUUAGUUCAUGUGCUCUGUUCUGAUUUGGGGAAAAUGAUGAAUGUUACCUGUAUGGGGCAGAAUAAGCUCACUUUUUGAAUUUAUAGAAAUUCUUUGUGUGUUACUUUCA